AUGAUCAAAGUGUUGAUAGCUUUUUCCUUUCCUAGAUACACACAAAGAAACUACAAAAUGGCCACAGCAUCAGUUUGCGAAGAUGAGUUCGAAUUCGAUGAUGAUGAUGAGUUCGAAGACACUCUUGAUUACUCUCAUCAGAAUUUACCUGAAAGUGAUAGCGGAAAACUGUUGGCAAGUGUAACUAAUCCAGCUCGCGUGAAAAUCUUUCAAUUAAAUUCGAAUCUACUAUUCGCCUUAUCGAGUGAUAUUGAAAAGUUCCAAUCGCUGCUCACCCUCGAACUAUCGGAUAAUCAACUAGUGCAACUACCGCAUGAAAUCAGUUAUCUGACCAAUCUGAAAAAUUUGUACCUGAAAAACAACUCAUUGGAUGACUUUUCUUUGCCCAAAGAAUUUCAUCGGUUACAAAAAUUGGAAGUUCUCAAUCUCGGUGGAAAUCGUUUCAAACAAUUUCCAUACCAACUAUUUCAAAUGGGCAAUUUGAAAGAACUCUAUCUCGGUUCGAACCGAAUAACUCAUCUGCCUGAUCUGUUUCAGACAUUGACGAAAAUUGAAAUUCUCUAUCUGGGUGGGAACCAAAUCGCAAAUAUCCCCGAUUCAAUCGGAGCACUGCGAUCGUUAGUUGUUUUGAAUUUGUGUGAUAAUCGCUUGCGAACAUUGCCAUCAUCAAUCUCUCAUUUAACUAGAUUGAAAUCACUUUCAUUGCACAAUAAUCAGUUUAGUGCACUACCGUCUGAUAUCAUUCGACUUGAUCUACAAGAAUUAAGUUUAAGAAAUAAUCCAUUAGUUGUCCGAUUUGUUCGCGAUUUGACAUACAAUGUUCCCACAUUGAAAGAAUUAACUGCUCGAACGAUCAAACUUCAUCGAGUAGAUUACGAUAACAAAUCAAUGCCCAAAUGUCUGAUAGAAUAUUUGAACUCAGCAAAAUCAUGUUUAAAUCCGAAAUGUCAAGGCGUCUACUUCGAAAGUUGUCACAAGAACAUCAAAUUUGUUGACUUCUGUGGUAAAUUCUAUUUACCAUUACUCCAAUUUCUCUGUUCGCCUGCUUGUACGUCAUCAACAUCUGGCAGCACAUGUCAAGCGAGAACAAAUCCUUCCGAUGAUAUGAGUAGUAAAUUUAAAAAGGUACUACUUGGUUGA